AUGAAUGACAGACGAGAAAAUCCGUCUAUUUCUAUUGAAGGUACACAAUUAGGUAGCGAGUCGCAAUCCAGUUCAGAUAGCGAAGAAAACAAAGACUUUGGGACGUGCGAGAAAUGUAAGCAAAAAAAUACUGGAUACAUGUGGUGCAAUUCGUGCAAUGUGAAAAGGUUUGAGAGCGAAUGGAAAGAAUGGACAAGUGGUAGCAAGGAAAUUGAUGAGUUCAUCCAGGAAAUACAACGCGACGCAAAUGAAUAUAGGGAAUUUAUCGAAUGGAUUCCAUUUGAAAAAUUUAAAGAUAUAGAGUUAGUUGCCCGGGGAGGUUUUGGAGUUGUCUAUAAGGCCAUUUGGACUGAGGGAUACAAUCGACCAACCGCGAAGGAAUUGAUGGAAACCUUUGAAAAAUAUUACGAAGAUGUAGAUCAUGAAAACGAGGAGUCCGAAAUCUAUAGACAAGUUAAAUCAAUUGAAAAUUCGAUUUCACGUUCGCAAUUCUUCCAUCCAAACGAUUUCUCACCACUUAAAUAUACCACGAAUUCCAAUGCCGUGUACACAAGUCGACUGUUGAAAUACAGCAGUCAACUCCCUGAACCGGUCAAUGCCACUCCCGCAGAAUCCAAACAGCUCGAACUUCAACUUCCAAGUUUCGAUGAUCUAGAAAUUGAAUGA